AUGGAUUCAGAAAUGCAAAAUCAGAGCCCUAAUAUGGCUUCAAAUACAAAAAAUACUUCCUCGUCAAAUAUGUCUACUGAUGGGCAUAGCGUUACAAAAAGGCUACGAAGUGAACUAAUGAGUUUAAUGAUGUCGAAUACCCCAGGGAUUAGUGCGUUUCCUGACUCUGAUUCAAACCUAUUACAUUGGGCGGGCACUAUUACAGGUCCAGUUGACACCUACUAUGAAGGAUUAAAAUUCAAAAUAUCCAUGACCUUUCCUGCCAACUAUCCUUACUCAGCCCCGACGAUCGUUUUUACUUCUCCUAUGUGGCAUCCUAAUGUUGAUAUGAGCGGAAAUAUUUGCUUGGAUAUUUUGAAAGACAAGUGGUCGGCUGUUUACAACGUUCAAACCAUUCUAUUAUCCCUUCAAAGCCUUCUUGGAGAACCUAACAACGCUUCGCCUCUGAAUGCUCAAGCCGCAGAGCUAUGGAGUAAAGAUGCCGUUGAAUACAAACGUCUUUUAAUGCAACGCUACAAGGAAAUUGACGAAAUAUAA